AUGACCAKCAGGUCUCCACCCAACCCAGCGUCUCCCACCAUCUCCAUUUCUUACAGCGACGACGAGGAUAUGAAGCGCAACUUGUUGCGCAAACGACGAUUGGAAGAAAGCGAAGUCUACAACGCCCCCGAGACCCUCGCUGCCAAGCGCAGAGCCGUCAAGGUCGCUGCCCAGACGAUGCCCGUGCCGAAGGAGAUUCCAAAUCUCAGCUUUGACGAUCACAUUGAACCCAGCGAGUCACCGGAUACCCUCGAGCACGAGCAGGAAGAAGACGAGGACAACAUAGYGGUGCGCAUGGCGGAACGAGGAUCGAAUGCGGCGCAGAGUGGGGUUGAUGGGGUCCAGGACGCAGUCAUGCCGGAUGCGAAGGCGCAGGUCACGGAAGGAAGAGGCGAGCUGGAUGUGAAGGUGGAGUUGAAUGACGUGAAGGAGGCACAGGUCCAGGUGCCGCAGCAGGGAAUCAUCAAUGAGGCGCAGGUGCAGGUGCCCGUGGUCGUCAAGCGAGAGCACAUCGAGCCGGAGACGGAUGUGCGGGUGGUUCAGACGACGGAAGUGAAGAUGGCGAAUAAGAAGAGUCGUGCCAGGGCAAAGAGGUUGACGAGGAAUGAAAUGGCCAGAGCGAAGAAGACGACGGAAAUCCCGGUGCCCAAGGUGAAGAGGCAAUACCCGGAGCUGCCCAAAGUCACCAUUGAUCCGCGACGAUGGGCAAAGAAGUCGGACCAGGCUGCACGGAGGUCGAGGAGACGAUUGAGACGAUUGUUGAGGGAGGAGCAGUCUCUCCUAUCGCAGCAGUUGCAGGUCGCUUGA